AUGAUUUCUGUAAGCAAAAACAAUAUUUAUAAAUUUUACGUCUUUUAUGGGACUUUUAUCGAUACACCCAAAUUGGGACAGUUGAGAAUAAGGCAAAACACAUCAGUAGGUGUUUGUACGGAUGAAAAUAGUGAUAAGGUAGGUGUGAUUGAAUUUAUCAAGGAAAAUUCAAAAAAUCCCCUAGAAGAUGCUAAAGAAUUUGAUCCAUCUUUGACAGACAGUGAUGUUGCCAUUGUAGAUUAUACACACGAUGCACAUUCAUCAAUUUUUUUCCUUCCUGGGUUUAUAGACACGCAUAUCCAUGCAUCUCAAUACCCGAAUGCUGGUAUUUUUGGAAAUUCGACACUAUUGGAUUGGCUACAAACAUAUACUUUCCCCUUAGAAGCCUCUCUCAAGGAUUUAGAAACAGCACAAAUCGUCUACGAUAAGAUUGUUCGUAGAACUUUGGCUAAUGGUACAACGACAGCUGCUUAUUACACAACUAUAGAUGCAGAUUCAACGAAACUAAUGGGUAGAAUUUGUUCAGAGUUGGGUCAAAGGGCGUUAGUUGGUAAAGUUUGUAUGGAUUCUUGCAGUCCUGAUUUUUACGUGGAGUCAACACAGGAAUCUUUGGAAUCUUGUGAGGAAGUUGUCAAUUUUUUGCAAGAGGAAUUGAAUGAUCCCAAAGUUUUGCCGAUUUUAACUCCAAGAUUUGCCCCCAGUUGCUCCAGGGAAUUGAUGAAAGGUUUAGCAGCAACAUCUCGUUCAAAAGGUCAUUUACACAUUCAAACUCAUCUCUCUGAGAAUGAGGGUGAAAUCGACUGGGUUAAAUCUUUGUUCCCAGAAUGCAAAUCCUAUACAGACGUCUAUGACAGUUGUGGAUUGCUACAUAACAGAACAGUGCUGGCUCAUUGCAUUCAUUUAAGCGACGAAGAGGCAAAGACAAUCCAAAAGAGAGGUUCAGGCAUAUCGCAUUGCCCCAUUUCUAAUUCUUCAAUAACAUCGGGAGAAUGUAGAGUACGUUGGUUAUUGGAUCAAGGCAUUGACGUUGGAUUAGGUAGUGACGUUUCAGGAGGUCAUGCCUGUAGUAUUUUGGCAUGCGCCAGACAAGCUCUUUUAGUAUCAAGACAUCUAGCAAUGAAAGAAAAGGAGGAGCAUGAUAAAGAGCACGUUAAAUUGACUGUUGCGGAUGCAUUAUAUCUAGCUACUUUAGGUGGUGCUCGUGCGUUAGCAAUGGACCAGACGUUGGGUAGUUUUGAAGUUGGUAAACAAUUUGAUACUCAACUAGUGGAUAUCGAAAGUCAAGGUUCGAACGUCGAUGUAUUUCACUGGCAGAAAUCUAAUUUUUCCCCACUGAAGUCGACAGUAUUAGCUCCACCAUCGAUAGCACAGGAAGAUAUUUUGGCAAAAUGGUUUUUCAAUGGGGAUGAUCGUAACGUGAUAAGAGUCUGGGUAGGCGGUAAGCUAUCUCAUACACUGUGA